AUGGUGUGUGAGGAGGAGCAGCAGCAAGCGACUCCUCAGAGAAGGAGGAGGAGCAGCAGCAAGCGACUCCUCAGAGAAGGAGGAGGAGCAGCAGCAAGAGACUCCUCAGAGAAGGAGGAGGAGCAGCAGCAAGCGACUCCUCAGAGAAGGAGGAGGAGCAGCAGCAAGCGACUCCUCAGAGAAGGAGAAGGAGCAGCAAGCGACUCCUCAGAGAAGGAGAAGGAGCAGCAAGCGACUCCUCAGAGAAGGAGGAGGAGCAGCAGCAAGAGACUCCUCAGAGAAGGAGGAGGAGCAGCAGCAAGCGACUCCUCAGAGAAGGAGGAGGAGCAGCAGCAAGCGACUCCUCAGAGAAGGAGGAGGAGCAGCAGCAAGCGACUCCUCAGAGAAGGAGGAGGAGGAGCAGCAAGCGACUUCUCAGAGAAGGAGGAGGAGCAGCAACGAGACCCCGGGGUCCGGAGCGGACCUGCGGAGACGCUCGGGAGCAACGCUUUCAACACGAGGACGGGGAGGCAGGUAGAUGGCAUGCCCACUCAGUGCAGUCCCACUCUGAUGGCCCUGGAGACUUGCGGGCUCAGAGGAGAGACCCGCAGCGGUUGGUCCAGACCGCUGGCCCGAGUACCUUGGCCACUGGCGCUUUCUCCUCCCGGAGAGGAGUAA